GUGAUGAUGUCAUGGCCCCAGCAGCCAGCCCCUUGGUUUCCUGUUUCUUCCCUCCUGACAGGUUCAUGAAUCAUAUCGGCUUUAUCAUUUGACUCCAAGCUCAUUUCCCUGUUCUACAAACGUUUGGACUUAUAGGAAGUGAGAGCCAAGUGUAAUGAAAACAUGAAGUCCCAAGUUGCUUUUUCCUUGCAAAACUGGAACACAUGUUCUCCCGUCUUGAAAGGAAGCACACCAUCUGGCUUAAUUUGGAGUUUUCUGGCCAAGCACUCUGCUCCUUGGGUCAGACAGUGAAUCUACAAGUUAGCCACAAAACUCGCAGGCGUGGCUUUGGACGUGCGGAGCUGCAGGCAUGGCUCAGUACAAGGGCACCAUGCGCGAGGCCGGCCGGGCCAUGCACCUGAUCAAGAAACGGGAAAAGCAGAAGGAGCAGAUGGCGGUGCUGAAGCAGCGCAUCGCCGAGGAGACCAUCAUGAAGUCGAAGGUGGACAAGAAAUUCUCGGCCCAUUACGACGCUGUGGAGGCCGAGCUGAAGUCAAGCACGGUGGGUCUGGUGACACUGAACGACAUGAAGGCCAAGCAGGAGGCCCUGGUGAGGGAGCACGAGAGGCAGCUGGCCAAGAAGGAGCAGCUGGAGGCGCGUAGACAGCAGCUGGAAGCGCUGCGCGACAGGGAGCGCAAGCAGAAGCAGAAGCGCCAGAUCUCUAGCUUGUCCUUCACGCUCGACGAGGGUGACGAGGGCACCGACGGCUCAGCAGCAGAGGAGCAGUCUCAGUUAUCGAAGGUGAUGAGCAAGAGGAAAAGAAACCUAGGGAAGAAUCCGGACGUGGACACGAGUUUUCUGCCUGACCGCGACCGAGAGGAGGAGGAAAACCGGCUGCGGGAGGAGCUGCGGCAGGAAUGGGAGGCUAAGCGCGAGCAGGUGAAGCGCGAGGAGAUGGAGGUCACGUUCAGCUACUGGGACGGCUCAGGGCACCGGCGCAUGGUGCGCAUCCACAAGGGCGGCACCGUGCAGCAAUUCCUCAAGAAAGCCCUGCAGGGCCUGCGCAAGGACUUCCGCGAGCUGCGGGCAGCCAGCGUGGAACAGCUCAUGUACAUCAAGGAGGACCUGAUCCUGCCCCACUACCACACCUUCUAUGACUUCAUCGUCACCAAGGCCCGAGGCAAGAGCGGGCCGCUCUUCAACUUCGACGUGCAUGACGACGUGCGGCUGCUGAGCGACGCCACCAUGGAGAAGGACGAGUCACACGCCGGCAAGGUGGUGCUGAGAAGCUGGUACGAGAAGAACAAGCACAUCUUCCCCGCCAGCCGCUGGGAGCCCUACGACCCGGAGAAGAAGUGGGACAAGUACACAAUCCGAUGACACCUCUUGCCCUGCCCCACC